ACUAGGCUACCCCACCGCCACUGAUACACUUGCAGUGCGAGCUCAUUGUAAGCCCCGAAACGGGAAUUCUUCAGGGGCUGAUCUUUUGGGGGGACUCUUGCGACUGACGUAUUUUAUCAUCAGCUUUGCACUAUGUAUUUAAAAAACCCAACAACUUGGUCAGGCAUUUGUGAUUAUAUUCGCCCUAAAUCACAUAUGUUGAGUUGCGUUCAUGUACCCAUUUAAGAAUGUGACUUUAACUGCUGAAUCAUCAAUUUUCCCAAGGCAGUCAGUUUCGGAGUACCUUUUCAUAAUAUUUUACUUGCUUGCUUAUUCAACUUGCUUCAACAAGUGAAGUUUUGUUUGCUAUUGACAUAGUUUUACGGAAGUCACUUCUUGCUCGCAAAUAGUUAUCAGGCGCAGUGAACCAUGCACGAUCUGCACGCUGCUUUCUCGGCUUAUUGUCGGGGCCAUAUGAACUUUUACUGCUUGGAUACGUGAAUGUAAACACUAUUCACAGCAGCAACUAUUUCAUCCAGUGUUUUCUGCUUACGGUUAUUUAAAACAUCAAUAUGAAGUAUGGAAGCUCUGUCAUUUGCAUCAGCGUUUUGCUACCUCUAUUCAGCGGCGAGAUGAAAGUGAUAGACCUUACCUGGGCCCACAGAAAGGAAAUGCCCCAAUGGCCAGGCGAAGGAAUUCCGAAAUUCAAGUUAAACAUCAUCAACCGUGGCUUCCUUGCAAAGUUCUGGUAUGAAAUAAACUGGUUUGUUACCCCCGAACACGCAGGAACGCAUUUCGAUUCCCCCGCCCACUUUUCCAAAGGUAAGUGGAGGGCGCAUGAGAUUCCGCCCGAGCGUCUGAUUGGUCCAGCGGUGGUUAUCGACGUGACAUCACAAGCGGAAAGGGAUCACGAUUACAGAGUAACAAAGUCUGACUUCGACAGGUACGAACGAGAACACGGUCGAAUCCCACACGGUGCCAUUGUACUCAUGAAUUCAGGUUGGGGCUCCCGUUUUCAAGACAAGAACCUUGUUUACAACAGCGAGAAGGUCGACGACCCCUCAACCUACCAUUUCCCGGGUUACCAUGAGGACGCCAUUUCCUGGCUGUUGACCAAUAGAAACGUCAGUAUGGUUGGGGUCGACACUCCCUCCGUGGAUUACGGGCAGUCGACGACCUUCAAAGUUCACGUGUUGUGUGGAGAGAACGGAAUUAUCGGACUGGAAAAUGUGGCUAACAUUGACCAGAUUCCAGUCUUCGGGGCCACAAUAUUUGUAGGUGCAAUGAAGGUGUUCGACGGAAGUGGCGGACCUGCCCGAAUUAUAGCGACCUUUGACCCGCUUGUUUCCCAUGAGCACAGGGCAACGUGGAUUGUUGUCAUAGUUACCAGUUUAUUGUUUGGUAUCUACGGUAUAUACAGCACGUGUUUCAGGAUACAGAGAGCACGUCAGUGACUUUCUGACAUUUGUUAGGAAUAGGGUGUUCACUUAUGAGUUUAAGAACUAUCGACAUUACCUCAAUUUUCAUAGCAUUCCUGACAAUAUCCUGAAAUAAUGCCACCAUUCAUCGAAGGUCAAUUGGAAUCAAGAAUCCAAUUGGGUGUUUCCAUUAAUAAGCAAGUGGAAUCAACCGUCUGCUUAAAGCAUCAAUUUAACUAAUGAUUUACUGUCUGAAUCUUUCUGUAAAAUUUGUAAUAAAACGUUAAAAUCAAAAUCCUACUGAA